AUGGCCCAUAACCUGAAAGGUCAACUGCCUGAAUGGAACAUGAAAUCUUUGGCAACAACCAUUCGUUUCGUCACGCUGAACUGCCGAAUAUUAUCGAGUGAACUCCAACAAGCCGCUCUAUCCAGACUUCAGCGAUAUCUCUGUGUGCCUUUUGCUGCACUGCAGGAAACACGCAUGAGAGAUCGGCCCGCCAUCAGCAUCGAAAAUUACAUCAUAUACUGCGGCGAUGCUGGUGAGAACAAAGCAGGUGACUGCGUGAUAGCUGUGAGGAACGAUUACAAGAAUCAGGUGGAGGAAUUUGGCUCAACGUCGUCUAGAUGCGCCUUUCUACGACUGCGGGAUCGCAGAGGACGUAAACUCUAG